AUGGACCCUGGACAGCGGUUUCGCAACUCUACCACGAAAAGGAGCGAGUUUUUUGGCAAACUCAAGCCAUGUUGUCUCGAGAUCGUCAAGGCUCUUCGGCGAGGCAGCAGCAGCGAGCGGGAUGCCGCCUCGACAGCAGGUUCUUUGACCGCUAUCACAGAGCAACUCCAUGGUAUACUCGUUGACCAGGUCGGCUAUGACUCCCCCGUUCUGGAUGCGGGCAUGGCCGACUAUGUUUUUUUCCCUCUGCUUCCCAUCUUCCAGCACAUCGGCGAUUAUCCGGCUCGCGUCGUUGAAAAUGCGACAAAGUGCCUGAGCGUCCUCAUACAGCAUGGCUGGAAAACAUCCAUAUCGAAGGAGAACGCCCAUGAGUUUCUCAUCUUGCUCACCUCGGUCGUGACUGGUGGAGCGGACCCUGGCAGCCGGCCGGGAGCCAAGCCAGAGUGGCCCGAGGAAACGGUCGUGGAGGGAUACAAAGCGCUGUCGGCCCUCAUGAGGGCUGCCGGGGCUUCUUCUGGGCGUGUCUCUCCAUUGGUGACCACAAACGCCAUUCCCGCGCUGGCGCAUACCGUGACGGUUCUGCUGGAAGGCGUCACCGAUUCUAUUAUCGUCGGCGUCCAGCUCGAGGCUCUUGGGGCAGUCGAGGCUCUGUACACAACCGUCAAGGACCAGGAGGCAUUGGCUGCCUUUCUUCCCGGAACUGUAUCAUCUCUGGUCCGUGCCGUUUCGGCGCCCGGCUCCCAGAAAGCUCCGAAGAGGGUGGUCAUUCGCACACUCGAAGUGCUCUACGCCGUCCUAGUUAACGCCCUCGGAGACUUGCAGACACGUCAUCUACACCUCCUAACAAAAGACACAAAGUUAUCCAGCGAGGGUCCAAAAAGUGACAUUGCGUCGACGACAAGGCCAAAGCUGGAUGCCAGCUGGCUGAGAGCCACAGCAGCCCAGGUAAAGGUGGCUCUUGCCUCUGUACUCAAACUGCGGAACCACGAGUCCGAGGAUGUUCAGGGUGCUGUGCGCCAGCUCUGCCUGGGUUUGCUUGACGAGUGCCACAUGUCGCUGGCAGAUAGCGCAUCUAUACUUGUCGAGAGUGCAAUUGUCACUGCAGAGGACGAGGACCAUACUACCACCAAAGAUGGUGAGGCCGGAUUUCAGGCGUUGGGGUCUUUGGAUGUGGGACUUCGUGGCCUGGGACCCCAGACUACCCUCGCAGAUCUGGCUAUCCUGUACCCUGAACUUGCAGAUGUUGCGAAAGAAACAGCGUACAGCUGGGCAAACAGCCUUUCUCGCAGCAUGCAAGCCAGCGACGAAGGAAUCAAACGGCAUGCCAUUCGAAAUCUCCAAAAGGCGAUAGCCAUUUUGGAAGUGUUGCGUGUUGAUUCGACGACGUUGGAAAAUACUCUUUCGUCUGCACUGCGAGACAGCGUGAUGUCUCUGGCUCUCGCUUCGGCCUCGCCAAGGGCAGCGGUAAACGAUGCAGACACCGAUGAUAUACUAGAGACCGGAGUUUCGGCCAUUGUACCACAAGAGUUUCAGUCGGCCGAGGAACAGUCUUACAAGCCAGUGUUACUGGGUCUGGGGAGCCAGAAAGUUACACGUGAUGCUCUACUGGGUCUACUAGCUCAUAUCGGAUCAUCCUCCCAGCAGGUACGGCUAGCAUCGGAGAUGCUAUAUUUUGUACGGGAUUCGGAUGGGCUGGAACAGGUGGCGGCGUUUUGGUUGUCGUUUGAGCUUGUCAAAGCAUCAUUUUCUAGGUCUGCAGAUAUCGACAGUCUCCUGGAUCUUGGGGCUUUUGGAGAUGGAGAUGGCGACGGGCCGGAAGCGGUUUUGGAGGACCUUUUGUCAUUUUCGGUUGGGAGGCUUGCAUCGCAUUCAGAUACCGUCGACAACGGCGAUUGGCGUCUUGGAGCAGUGGCAAUGGAGAUUACAGCUUUUGCCGCCUCUCGGGUCAAGGAGGCCUUCCGGCCCGAGCUGAUCGAUGUCCUGUAUCCCAUUGCUACCUAUCUGGGAUCGCCACAGGCAGAGCUGCGGAGCCACGCGAUCACGACACUCAACAGCCUUGCCGUCUCAUGCGGCUACACGAGUGUUUCGGAGCUCAUCAUCGACAACGUCGACUACAUGCUCAACUCGGUGUCUCUGAGGUUAAACACAUUCGAUAUCUCGCCAGCUUCGACCAAGGUGCUCACUAUGAUGAUCCGUCUCGCAGGACCACGACUGGUUCCCUACCUGGACGAUGCCGUGGCUGCCAUAUUUGCUGCCCUGGACAAUUACCACGGAUACCCGCUCUUUGUAGAGAGUCUCUUUUCAGUCCUGGGCGAGGUCGUGCAGCAGAGUGUGAAGUCUGACACGCUUUUGCUCGAAAGCGUACCAUCUGAGGCAGGGCCAUCGCGAAACCGGAAAAGACGAGGUGCAGCUUCUACGACGGGGGAUCUGCUCGACAUACUCGACGAGCGAGCCAAGCGAAGGAAGACAGACGACACAGAGCACAUUAGAUCUCGGCCGAAACAUACGAAGCAGCCGUGGAAGUCCGAGGCAGAUGAGUUAUUGCGCAAGCGGGAAGCAGGAGAUAUGGCAGAAAACGAAGGGGAAGAGGGCACUGAAGCCAAGGCCGACGAUAAAGUGACGAGUCCGGAAGACGCCAAGACGCCGACCUACGCCCUUCUGGCACGAAUUACGACACUGACACAGCAUUACCUGACGUCGCCGACGCCGACCCUCCGCAAAGCACUGCUGGACCUGCUGGCCACAGUGGCACCCGCGCUGGCACCGGACGAGAACGCAUUUCUUCCUCUAGUGAACUCCGUCUGGCCCGUGAUGAUCACACGCCUCUACGACGGCGAGCCGUACGUGGUGACUGCCGCAUGUGCCGCCAUCGGGUCGCUCUGUGCCAGCGCAGGAGACUUUCUCGCGUCUCGCAUCAAAGCUGAAUGGCACGCCAGCCUAAGAAGGUGGUGUGUUCGCGUCAAAGCAGAGGCAGCGUCCAAGUCGGGUCGAGCUGGAGUUGGCAGCCGAGAGAGUGGUGUCAACACCGUCAAGACGUCGUCUCUACUGCAAAUACGUGGCAGGCCAUCAGGGCACAGCAGCAUUGCUGCCAGCGGCUCCUCGACAGGUGUCUUGCUCCCAAUUCGGUCAGCAGUGGGCGACGUUGAGAAGGUUUCCGAGCUGCUACAGCUUUCGUCUGGCCACGGCAGCGCAGUCGCAGAGCCAUCACCUUCUUUCACGGCCGGCCUGGGCAGAUUUGCGCAGGCAGUGCAGAUCUGGGAGGCUGUGGCCGGCUUGCUGACCGACAUUGUGACCUACGUGAAGCUGGACGACGAGAUAUACGACCAGAUCUUGGAUCUCCUUCUGGCGACUCCGCCUUCCGCCAAAACAGCUGCUGGACGACCUGUCCGUCUGCUGCCGGCGGCGCUCGAGCAGAAAGCCCGCGAGGCUCUCGAAGUUGUAAAUGCGGAUGCCGUCUGGUUGGCGCAGCUUGGAGCAGGACAGCUGGAGGAUUCGUCGUGGGUCGUUGUUAAGCCGCCGGAGUUGGAGGGUGUCAGAUUUGCGUCUUUGACCGGAGUCGAAACUCGCGCCGGAGAGAGUACAUUAGUGGAUACAUAG